GAAAUUUUAAACACCGCUAAUUUCGGAGUUAGCGGCACGAAGUUAUGUUUUCAGAAUUAGGUAUUAUAAUGCUCAACCAUUAACCAAUGUCACUCCAAAGUUUGGUCACUGUUUAUCAUAUUAAGUUCAGUUAAUGGAUAAUAAUGGCUUGAAAAUGAAUGUGGAGGAAGUUCACAAGCCUGGGACGAGAAUAUUCAAAAAGUCUACGCCUAAUGGAAAGUUGACAAUAUAUCUUGGCAAAAGAGAUUUUAUCGACCACCUAACCCACGUGGAUCCUAUCGAAGGUGUUGUACUAGUUGAUCCUGAAUAUGUUAAAGAUCGGAAGGUAUUCGUCCAUCUUCUGGGUGCUUUUUGGUACGGUCGUGAUGAAGUUGACUUACUUGGAUUGAAUUAUCACAAAGAUCUUUGUGUAAUGACGAAGCAAGUUUUUCCACCUACUGCUUCCAAGACAAUAAAAUCACAUAUACCUGUUCAUUUACCCGGUAAUGGAGAUACACCUGAAUUGUCGUCAAAUAUAGCUUACAAAUUUACUGAACCUCCAGGACGUACUCGAUUACAAGAACGUCUUGUUAGAAAACUCGGUUCUAAUGCGUAUCCAUUCUACUUUCAGCUUCCAGCAUAUUCACCUGCCUCAGUGUCUCUACUUCUAAACCCAUCUGAUCGUGGUAAACGUUGUCGAGUGGAGUAUGAAUUAAAAGUUUAUGUAGCAGACGAUCAGGACGACAAGCCACAGAAAAGAAAUUCUGUACGUAUGGCUGUCCGCAAACUGACGUAUGCACCCAAUGAACCAGGCCAACAACCAUCAGCUGAAUUAUCACGAGACUUUCUUAUGAGUGUUGGUAGUCUUCGAGUAGAAGCUACUCUGGACAAAAAUAAGUAUUUUCAUGGAGAGAAAAUUUUUGUCAACUUACUUGUAGAUAAUAAUUCGAAUAAAACAAUUAAACGUAUCAAGCUGUCAGUUCGACAGUAUACUCAAAUCUAUGUUCAAAGCCCAAUUCAUUUCAAAUGUUCUGUUGAUGAGAUUCAGUCAGAGGAACGUUUUCCUAUUUUACCCAGUCAAACUGGCUGGUGUAAAGUCUAUCGUCUUUGCCCAUCUUUAACGCACAAUCGGGACAAGAUUGGUAUUGCAAUGGAUGGUGAUUUAAAACAAGAAGAUACCAACUUAGCCUCAUCAACAAUUAAUCCCCCUAAUUCGCACAGUCGAGAACCAGUAGGAAUCGUGGUUGAGUACAAGGUGAAAAUACGCUUAGUGCUUGGUUUUGGUAUUAGUGAUGUCUGCUUAGAACUACCAUUUAUUUUAACACAUCCUAAUCCUGAUUCAUCUGAUGCAAAUGGAAAUGAACACGAUGAUGAACUAAUCUCUUCAAUUACUACUGAACCGUCGUUAAGUGAAAAAUCACCUGAUAGAAAGGAUAAAAUAGACUUGAGAAAUAUUAAGUCAUCUUUGGAUGCAUCAAUUAUUAAACGAUCAGCUGUUAUAAAUGAUACUUCACAGCAUAAAAUUACCUCAGAAAUUGAUCCUGUUUUUUCUGAUGAUUCGCAACAAAACAAUUCAGUUGAUCGUAAUCAUUUCAAUGUCAAUCCGUUUAAGGAAUCCCUUCAAUCUCCACAAUUUGCAAAUAAAUCAAUAUGUUCUUAUUCUCCUCCUGUAUGGGAUCGUAAUUUCCACCUGAUAUUCUCUGGUUCACGAGCAUCAGGUCGACGUCCAUCAACUGUUGGUACACAAUCGACAUUAAGUGAAGAUGAUUUAUUAUUUGAAGAUUUUGCUCGAUUUCGUCUACAAUCAUAAUUCUGUGUAUUCUUCAUUCAUAAAAUUUAUUUAUAAGAUAUUGUAACGUUUUUUAAAAAAAUUAUUUAUUUAUAAAUUUUAAAGCUCUACUUUCAGUUUUAUCUAUUUAUUUAUUUAUUUUCAUUGUCAUUUUUAUAGUCCUUUUUAUUUCUUAAACUGUUUUAUUUUAAUGAAAUCCAUGUUUCUAAUAAUACCAGUCUGUUACCUUAGUCUUUUAAUAUUGAUCUGUUAGUUAGCCAGCCAGUCAGUGAAUCGCUGAGUCCUGUCUUUGAUAGAAUUAUGAGACUCUGUCUAAUGUCAGACAGGGGAACAAGCAUGCUUGCUAUCACAGACUGUGAUUAGAACUGAUGAUAAUUAUAUAUAUAUAUAUAUAUAUA